ACAAAACGGGGAGGUUUGAAUGCAGAAUUACGCUAACAAAUAUAUAUAUAUAUACUCCCACCCUGAAAGCAAUCGAAGAUUCCUUCUGCUUUCUCUCUCCUAAAUCGAUCAAAAUCAAAGAUAUUCGUACGAAAUUGAUAUACGCACACCGAAAGCUCGAAAAUAAGCAGAGGUAUGGACGAUGAAGUGGUUCAGCGGGUUUUCCAAGAAGGUGGCCGCGAUUUCUACCAGCAGCAGCCCUCUACUUCCUCUUCUUCAUCAUCCAUUCUUCAAUCACUUCCUCUUCAUGUUUCUUUUGAUCACGGUUAUUAUUUGUUGGUAAAAUCUAUACAAGAACUUAGAUCAAAGAAAGAUGGCUUGGUAAUGGUUGGUAUUGGAGGGCCUAGUGGUUCUGGGAAAUCGAGCUUAGCAGAGAAAGUAGCAUCCGUGAUUGGUUGUGCUGUCAUAUCAAUGGAGAACUAUCGCACUGGGAUUGACGAAGGCAAUGAUUUGGAUUUAAUAGACUUUGAUCUCCUUGUUCAGCAUCUUGAGGAUCUGAUAAAUGGCCAUGAUGUAUAUACCCCAGUGUUUGAUUUUCAAGGACGAAAACGCAUCGGUACCAAAGAAGUAAAAAGUAGUUCAUUUGGAGUGGUUAUAGUUGAUGGUGCUUAUGCUCUGCAUGCAAGACUACGCUCCUUGCUAGAUAUACGAGUUGCUGUGGUUGGUGGCGUUCACUUUAGUCUUCUUUCCAAAGUGCAAUAUGAUAUUGGGGAUUCUUGUUCACUGGAUUCUCUGAUUGACAGCAUCUUCCCACUGUUUAGAAAACAUAUUGAACCGGACCUUCAUCAUGCACAGAUUAGAAUUAACAACAGCUUUAUUUCAUCAUUUCGAGAGCCAAUCUACAAGCUAAAAUGCAAAAGUGAGUCUGAAGAUGAACUUGUGUUGCAUAUUUUUGGGGGAAAGGAUGCUCAAGUAGAUAACUUCAUUGAGAUGUACCUUAGACCUCCAUCUGCAAGUGAAGAAGCAAGAAUAAAUGAUUGGAUUAAGGUGCGACAAUCGGGUAUCAGAUACUAUCUGUCUCUAGGUGACCAAAGAAUUGUUGACAAAAAUUUCAUUAUACGGCCAAAAGCAGAAUUUGAGGUUGGACGGAUGACUCUGGGUGGUUUGCUUGCCCUGGGGUAUACUGUUGUAGUCAGUUAUAAACGAGCAUCAACCUCUGUCAGUGAGGGCAGUUUUUCUGUUUCAUUGGAAACAAUUGAUACUCUUGGGGAGGCAUACAUGGUCUUGAGAGGGACAGAUAGAAAGAUGGUUGGAGCUGAAGCAUCAAGGAUGGGUGUUAGUGGACCUUGGAUUACUAAAUCCUAUCUUGAAAUGGUUCUGGAGAGGAAAGGUGUUCCUCGUCUUAAUACACCCCCUCUUUUGGUUGAUGGAUCUAAUGCUAUUUUAACUAGCAACCAAGAAAAGUUGAUUAUUGCUCCAAAACCACUUCAUGUUACCCCUAACCUCGUUAACAGGCUUGAGGAUUUGUCUCAGCCUUGGACUCGGUCUCCAACCAAGUCGAAAAUGGAACCUUUCUUGGCAACAUGGCAUUUCAUCGCACCAGAUCCUCCACUUACUCAUGGCUCACUUGUUGCCACAGAUUCAUCUUGUUCCAGGGAUGCUCUGCAGCUUGCUCCAAUGCCUGAUUCAUAUGAUUUAGAUAGAGGGCUACUUCUUUCUGUUCAGGCAAUACAGGCUUUAUUGGAGAACAAGGGUCUCCCUGUCAUAGUUGGAAUUGGUGGUCCUAGUGGAUCUGGAAAAACAAGUUUGGCUCGUAAGAUGGCUAAUAUUAUUGGUUGUGAAGUUGUUUCCCUUGAAAGUUAUUACAAAAGAGAAGUAAAGGACUUCAAAUAUGACGAUUUUAGCUCUCUUGAUCUUGCUUUUUUGUCAAAGAAUAUUGAUGAUAUAAGAAAGUCAUGUAGAACAAAAGUACCCAUCUUUGACCUGGAAACUGGUGCUCGUAGUGGCUUGAAGGAGAUUGAAGUUUCUGAAGAGUGUGGAGUGGUAAUUUUUGAAGGCGUUUAUGCUCUGCACCCUAACAUUAGGAAAUCAUUGGACUUGUGGAUUGCUGUUGUUGGGGGUGUUCAUUCACAUCUCAUUUCUAGAGUUCAAAGGGACAAAAGUAGAGUUGGAUGCUUCAUGUCUCAAAAUGAGAUUAUGACAACCGUUUUUCCAAUGUUCCAGCAGCACAUUGAACCGCAUCUUGUUCAUGCACAUCUAAAAAUUAGAAAUGAUUUUGACCCUGUGCUUUCCCCUGAGAGCUCGUUGUUUGUGUUGAAAAGUAAUAAACAGGUGGCAUAUCAAGAUAUUCUGAAAAUUCUUGAACCUACCAAGAUAUGCAGUUCUGUUCAGAGUUUUAUUGAUAUAUAUUUACGUCUUCCUGGAAUACCUAAUGGCCUGCUAACAGAAAGUGAUUGCGUAAGAGUCAGAAUAUGUGAGGGAAGAUUUGCAUUGUUAAUACGCGAGCCUAUAAGAGAAGGGAACUUCAUUGUUCAGCCAAAAGUGGACUUUGAUAUCAGCAUUAGCACUGUUGCUGGUCUUCUUAUCCUCGGGUAUCAAGCAGUAGCAUAUAUUGAAGCAUCCGCAUAUAUCUACCAAGAUGGGAAGAUUCUUAUUGAGGUUGAUCAUCUACAAGAUGUGCCUACUCCUUACAUACAAAUUAAAGGGGUAAAUAAAGAGAUCGUGGAAGCUGCUGGUUGUGCACUUAAGCUGGAUGGUUCAUACACAACAAAGAGUUAUCUUCAAAUAGUUCUAGAAAGACUACCUGUGCAUGAGGGGAGUUCAAGUGGGAUUCCUUCUCAACAAGCUGCUAAGUUGCAAGAACUAGUAGAAUAUAUACAGUCUCAGGGUAGCAGUUCAUCAUCAGAGUCGUCACCGAGCAGGGAGGUUUCUCCAUUAAAUGGCGUAAUUGAAGACAUGCAGUCAAGAAUCAAGAGACUCGAAAGAUGGCAUAUUAUCAAUACUGUGCUAUGGACAUUUUUUAUGUCCGCGUUUGUUGGUUAUUCGCUUUACCAGAGAAAACGCCAGUAGUGUGCAGUGGUAUAACUAACCGUUGCUGUAAGUUAAAACUAUUCUUUCAUGUCACUGAUGGCUUCUCUCUUCAAUCAUGACAUUUAUUUAUCCAGUCUAUGGAUCUAAUCCUGAGUGACUUGAAGAUGUUUUUGUUCUUGGAUAUAUUACUGGAACUUGAUAACUGAAUAUUACUUUUAGAAUAGCCUUAUAGUCUCAUACAUCAUACAUAAAAGAAAAAAUCAUUAGACCGAGUA